UUUAACACGCCCCGGCUCACUACCCUUCAAAGGUUCCCAAAGAUUCCCAUGUUUUCCCUCGACCAAAGACCCACCAAUGUUGAUGAUUGAUUCAGCCAGCCUCCGAUUGGAAUACGAAGAUUUGAAUGUCAACUAUUACUUUUCCCUUGUGGCUUUAUGUCAGGCUGACAUUUUCUGUCAUACCUGGUACUAACCAUUUCUUUCAGCGAUACUGUACUACGACUAUGCUCUCACCUUUGGCAUGGAAGUAUCACGUUUUUGGGUACACGGGGCGUUCUCCUGGGCGGCUUUCUUUUUCUAUCUGAACCGCUAUCUCGGGAUAUUCGGGCAUGUGCCUGUCGUUGUGGAAUAUUUUUGGACAGGAUAUCCUCCUAAUAAAGUUCAGACGUAUCACCAAUACUUCGUUAUUAUUGUUCAGAUCGUGGUCGCAGUAAUGUUGAUCAUGCGCACAUAUGCACUAUACGACCGAAGCCGCAAAAUUCUCGUCAUUCAAAUUUGUGUUACCCUUACGGCUAUUGGUUUAGGCGCUUACGCAGUCGCGUCCGGUAAAAAAUCCAGUCCUGAUGAGACUCCCGCCGAUAUCACUCCGUUCAUUGGCUGUUCUACAUCGCUGACUCGUGACUCCGCCAUGCGCCUGGGAACCGCCUGGUGUGGCAUGCUAGUGUUCGACAUCAUGGUGUUCACCCUCACCCUUCACAAGGCACUGAAGCUUCAGCAAACUGGCGGGGUUAGUUUGCUCACUCUUCUGCUGAGAGAUGGCUCGGUUUAUUUUGGGGUCAUUAUUGCCUCCAAUCUUGCCAAUAUAUUGACCUUCUUCGCCCUCAUUCGAGGAGUAGUUACGACAUUCACGAACGUAAUUUCAAGUACGAUGCUCUCACGACUUAUGCUAAAUAUCAGGGAUCCAAAACUUUUCCGUACUUCGCUGAGUACGACAGUGACGGAAUACCCUAUGAUAUCCACCUUCGUUGACCCACCUACGAGGCUUGGACUCACAGCACCUGUCCGUAUGGACCCUGAAAGCAACGGUGGACAAUCCGGUGUGUACACAGAAUUAGCUUUGACUGCGCAACAAGAGUAUUAUCAAUAGUGGCAGGAGACGAUCUAGAAUUACUCGAGAUUCGCGCAAGCCAUCGUGAUACUGUCGACAUCGUUAGUUAGCGGAGUUUCAUGCAAAGUAUCGCAACGCUGCGUCCACCUGUCAUCGCACCACCUUGAACUCCUGGGCGCUGACAGAGGUGCUUCCAGGCCAGGUGUAAAGGAGAGUGAGUAGUUUUGAUUGAAUAAAACAGGAAAAUCUGGGAUUCUUCAUGACA